AAGUUUUAACAAGAUUUUCGAAGAUUGGUCUGUGGCCCACUCUCUCCCCCAAUCCCCCUGUGUCUUUCCAUCAUCUCUUCCUCACUUCCAAUAACCAAACCAACCUCCCCCAAAAAUCUCCUCAUGUCUCAGGUGAACGAAAAAGUCUCAGAAUCUAAGCCCACGACCGCCCCUGAAGAAACGACUGAUCCAGUGGUGAAAAAAACUUCCACAGAAUCAGGCUCCUCAGAUGCCGCAGUUGGAACGACACCUGCCAUACCACCUAUUCCAGGAGCUGGAUUCUCUGCAAAUCCUUUUGACUUCUCAUCUAUGGCUGGUCUACUUAAUGACCCAAGUGUAAAGGAACUAGCUGAACAAAUAGCAAAAGAUCCAUCGUUCAACCAAAUGGCAGAGCAACUUCAGAAGACCUUUCAUGGUACUGAAGAUGGUGGUGUUCCCCAGUUUGAUACACAGCAAUACUAUUCCACCAUGCAACAGGUUAUGCAAAACCCUCAGUUUAUGAGCAUGGCUGAACGCCUUGGCAGUGCCUUGAUGCAGGAUCCAUCAAUGUCUCAGAUGCUUGAGGCCUUAUCAAAUCCAAUUCAAAAGGACCAGCUUGAAGAACGCAUGGCACGCAUUAAAGAAGAUCCUUCUUUGAAACAUAUUUUAGAAGAUAUAGAAACCGGUGGCCCGACUGCAAUGAUGAGGUACUGGAAUGACAAAGAUGUUCUACAAAAACUGGGUGAAGCAAUGGGCAUCCCAGUUACAGGAGACCCUACAGCCUUUGCUGGAAAUUCGGGAGCAGAUGAAGCUGAUGAAGAAGUAAAUGAGGAUGAGUCUAUUGUUCAUCAAACUGCUAGCGUCGGUGAUUUGGAGGGCUUGAAGAAGGCAUUAGAGUCUGGUGCCGAUAAAGAUGAAGAAGAUGCAGAGGGAAGGACAGCUUUGCACUUUGCAUGUGGAUAUGGGGAGGUGAAAUGUGCUCAAGUCCUCCUUGAGGCUGGAGCUAAGGUUGAUGCUUUAGAUAAGAACAAGAACACAGCCCUGCAUUAUGCUGCUGGUUAUGGUAGGAAAGAAUGUGUAGCACUGCUGCUCGAUAAUGGUGCUGCUGUAACACUACAAAACAUGGACGGGAAAACGCCUAUUGACGUUGCAAAACUUAACAACCAGAGCGAGGUUUUAAAACUGCUGGAAAAGGAUGCUUUCCUGUAAGAAGGUUGAAAUUGUUAGUGUAAUGUUUGUGUUCAGAGGGAAUUGGUUUGGCGCCGCCCCCUCCCAACUUAAAAGUUAUAUUUUGUGGUAUUUUCUCGGUCAAAUUACAUGUUUGCCUUCUUGAUCGUUUGUUAAAUUAAUUAUAGAGUAUGGUUAUAACAACCCAAUUAAAAUAUCAUUUCGACCA